AUGUAUUUAACAUAUCAAAAUGAUUCUAAUUUUUGUGUUGGUUCUGGAAGAAAUCUUGCUCCAGUUUGGUGUAAUAAUAAAUUAGUAAAUGGUAGAUAUUUAAUUAUUCCAAUUGAUAGCUUUGGUUACCUUAUCGAAACCGUUGCAAUUUGGCUUUUACUAGAUAGUAACAAGGGAAUUGUUGAUCGUAGAUCAAAUAUAAAUCUUCCAGUCCAUAACAAAGAAUCAAUUCCAUUAACUCCAAAUGGUCAUAUUGUUGCCUCCGAUUCCAAUUUAUUAACUGUUAAUUACAAUAUUAAAGUGGAUGAUACUAGGAUUCAAAUUACAUUAAAAAAUGAAGAGGUUUGGAGCCCAUAUGAUUUUUCUCCAUCUACUUCACCUGUAGCUGUUCUUAAAACAGAUGGUAAUUUAUGUGUAAAAUUGUCCGCAACUGCUCAGUUUUCCACAUGGUGCACUCUCAACAAUGAUUUUGGAGGUCAAUAUCUUAAUAUUUUACCAGGAGGUUCAUAUGGUCGUAAAUUGGGUAUCGUUAUUCAAAAUAGUAAAGGCUUAAUGGUUUGGAGUAGAUUUGGUCCAGCUAUAAGCACAAUUGGUAUUAUGCCACUGAUCCCCGGUAACUACAUCGAUAGAUUUGGUUUAUAUACUAGUUUAAACCCCACAAAAAAUUUUAUUACCAAUGGUCGUGAUUAUCUUAUGGCCAAUCAUGGAGACUUUUCAAUGGGACUAUAUAUUGACACCAAUCCACAUUUAUAUCCAAAUAACAAAACAUGGUAUUUUAGUAAACCAACACCAACCUCAACAUAUAGUGUUAUUAUCCAAAGUGAUACAAAUGUUUGUAUCAACGAUAUUAAUACAAAAACAAAUAUAUGGUGUAAUAUGGAGCAUGGACAGUCACAAAGAUACAUAGUCAUGCCAUUGCCAAACGAUCAACAAGGGUAA